UGCAUGCACGUGUCGUUGUCAUGGUAACGGAAUAAAUAUACAAACAUGUUACGUGCCGAGUUUCUAAUAUUGUUUUAUCUCUAAAUUAAUUUAUAUUUUCCUACUUAAAUUGUGAAAAUAGACGUCAAAAACAAUGAGAGCAAUUGAAAUUUUCUCAAGUUCUGUGAAAUAUAAAUAUAAGACAACUUUAUGCUCCAUAAGUACUUUUCUUGUCGCUUUCAUUUGUUUGAUUGUUAUUGUCGCUCCAGUUUACAUUAUUUAUCAUGCAGGAGGUUUUUGGCUAAAAAGUCGAACUUAUCACGAAAUUCCAAAAGUGAAUUUUAAGCACAAAUAUUUACUGAUCGCUGAAAAAGAGACUGACGCUAAUCCCAUUAUUUGCUCUUCUUUUGUUAGCUACAAGGGCAAUGAGCUUACGGAUGAUUGUCUUUUAAUAAAGGCUAGAGAAAUUGAUUCACACAAAAAUGGAUUAAAGGAUAAAUUAAAAUUUGAGGCACGUUUCUUUAGCGACAAACCGAUUCGAUCUAUAAAGAUCCUUUUAUUUUUUAAUCAUCAGCUCAAGAAACACGUUCAAGUCACGAUGGAGACAAUGGGAGUUUUAGACAUCUCAUUAAUUCACGACGUGCAAAAAAUAUAUUUCCUCGGCGAUUUAAUUUUACGGCAAAAAGGACUUUUACGACACGAUGGAGUUUAUAAUUUAUAUAAUUCCAGUGUCGAUGGAAAUUUUCAAUCUCUGCCGCAAUUAUUGUCGGAAAAUUCAAACAGAAUGUUUUCAGCGAGAAUUGUAAAUUCUCAAGUAACGUGGCAAAGCGGAUUUUUGAGUAGUGAAGAAAUUUUAUUGGAAGGAGAGAUUUUUUACACAGAACAAUCGAUUAGAUAUCAACCAGGAAUUCUCGAGGAAUUAAAGUGGGCCUGGAUGCAGUAUUUAUCUUUACUAUUGAUACUGAUUUUCCUAGGCAAACGCAGUCUGACUUAUUUAUUUUCGAGUCGACACUUGAGAAGUUAUGUCUUAAUUCCUUGGGAGAAGAAAAAUAAAUAUUGAAUAAUAAGAAACGCCAAUCGAUGAAUUUGAUUUCCUUGGGAAGUUUUUUGUGAAUUGGCUUUGGGAUGUCAGCAUCAUUUGAUAUCAACAAUACAGGUGAAUCGAUCGAAGAGUCUGGUUGCCAUCCACCCUUCGCCCUACCAUUUGGCU